GUCCGCCUGGCCCCGGAGCGGGAGUUCAUCAAGUCGCUGAUGGCCAUCGGGAAGCGGCUGACCACGCUGCCCACCAAGGAGCAGAAGACGCAGAGGCUGAUCUCCGAGCUGUCCCUGCUCAACCACAAGCUGCCCGCCCGCGUCUGGCUGCCCACCGCCGGCUUCGACCACCACGUGGUGCGGGUGCCCCACACCCAGGCGGUGGUCCUGAACUCCAAGGACAAGGCUCCCUACCUGAUCUACGUGGAGGCGCUUGAGUGCGAGAACUUCGACACCACCAGCGUCCCGGCCCGCAUCCCCGAGAACCGGAUCCGCAGCACCCGCUCGGUGGAGAACCUGCCCGAGUGCGGCAUCACCUACGAGCAGCGCGCCAGCAGCUUCACCACCGUGCCCAACUACGACAACGACGACGAGGCCUGGUCUGUGGACGACAUCGGGGAGCUGCAGGUGGAGCUGCCCGAACUGCACACCAGCAGCUGCGACAACAUCUCGCAGUUCUCGGUGGACAGCAUCACCAGCCAAGAGAGCAAGGAGCCGGUCUUCAUCGCGGCGGGGGACAUCAGGAGGCGCCUCUCCGAGCAGCUGGCCCACACGCCCACCUCCUUCAAGAGGGACCCCGAAGACCCCUCGGCUGUGGCCCUGAAGGAGCCCUGGCAGGAGAAAGUGAGGCGGAUCCGAGAGGGCUCCCCUUACGGCCACCUGCCCAACUGGCGGCUCCUCUCCGUGAUUGUGAAGUGCGGGGACGACCUCCGGCAGGAGCUGCUGGCCUUCCAGGUGCUCAAGCAGCUGCAGGCCAUCUGGGAGCAGGAGCGCGUCCCGCUCUGGAUCAAGCCGUACAAGAUCCUGGUCAUCUCGGCCGACAGCGGCAUGAUCGAGCCGGUGGUCAACGCUGUCUCCAUCCACCAGGUGAAGAAGCAGUCGCAGCUCUCCCUGCUGGACUUCUUCCUGCAGGAGCACGGCCAGUUCACCUCCGAGGGCUUCCUCACCGCCCAGCGCAACUUUGUGCAGAGCUGCGCCGGCUACUGCCUGGUCUGCUACCUGCUGCAGGUGAAGGACAGGCACAACGGCAACAUCCUGCUGGACGCGCACGGCCACAUCAUCCACAUCGACUUCGGCUUCAUCCUGUCCAGCUCCCCCCGCAAUCUGGGCUUCGAAACCUCGGCCUUCAAACUGACCACCGAGUUUGUGGACGUAAGUGGGUGCCGCUCGAAGGGAAAGCGGCGGGGGGGGGGUGCUGGGAAUCAACCCGACGGGGACAUGAUUCCCUGCUCUGCGACC